AAUUGAAUUAACACAGCUCACUGGUUUCUAUCCAAAAAGAUAUAUACUAGAGUGUCCUUCACUGAAGAUACUAAAUGUCUAUAGAUGUGAAGAAUUGCAAAUAUUUUCAUUUGGCCAUCUGAAUUCCCAACAGCAUGUAGUAGGUGACGUUAAAUUACAAAAUCAACGAGCUUUGUUUCAUAUUGAAAAGGUAUCUCAAAACUUGGAAGAGUUGUCAUUAAAUGAAAAGGAUGCCAUGAGGAUACUGAAUGACAAUUAUGAAGAAAAUCUGUUUCAAAGCAUAGAAAUCCUUCGUUUGCAAUAUUUUCAUAGAACUCCGAUUACUUUUCUAAGUGAUUUGAUUGGAAGAUUUCCAAAUGCAACAACGCUUCAAGUACGUUGCAGUUCUUUUGAAACACUUUUUCCCCUUGAGGAAACUGGACAUUGCAGCAUUAAAAUCCCCACCAAAAUAAAAAAUCUGUGGCUUUUUCAACUGGAGCAGCUAGAGCAUAUAUGGGAUGACAACUCUCCAACAGAUGCCCUUGUUCUGAACCUUGAAGACCUGACUGUAAGGGAAUGCUCUAUGUUAAUGAGAUUGGCACCACCUUUGGCAUCUUUCAUAAAAUUAACUUCCUUGGAAGUGGAAGAUUGCAAUGGGUUAAUGUACUUCAUGACAUCUUUCACUGCAAAAAGUCUCGUCCACCUCACAAGCUUGACAGUUAGCAAUUGUGGGAAGCUAGAGGAGAUUGUGAUGACAAACAGAGAAGAAUCAGAGGAAGAGAUCAAAUUUGAAAGCUUGAAGUAUUUGGAACUAAAUAGCCUAUCAAGUUUUAAAAGCUUUUGUUGCGGGAAACACAUCUUCAUUUUCCCAUCUCUGCUGGGAUUAAAAGUGACAAGAUGCCAUAAAAUGCAAAAUUUCUCAUGUGGAUUCAUUGUGGCCCCAUUUCUGAAAUUUGUAGAAGUGGAAAAUAGAAAAAAAUGCUGGAAAGAGUCCCUCAAUAUCACUAUCAAGCAGAUGUUCUUAGACAAGGCAAUUGUAGAAGAGGUUGAAAGGGACAACGAGGAAUCUUCAAGUAGCAGUCAAAGGCAUGAAACAAGUGCGAGUACGAGCAGAGCAUCAAGCUCCGAGGAGCAUGGAGCCCAAUCAAAGGCCAAUAAGAUUGUAGAUUUGGGGAAGCAACAAAUACACAAACUUCCAAUUCCACAUUCAGGUAUCGUCGCUCAUAAGAUGCAUGAAAUCAUUCAGCUGCCCCUGGAUCAAGUUAGUCAAAACACAUUAAGCCUCCCAAAAGUUGAUGCAGCCUUUGGGGCUGAAGAGAUGAAUGAGACCCUUCAAACGCCAUUUGCUGAAGCCGUUGAAAACACAUUAACUCAUACCUCAAUUCAAGAAACAGAUAUUCGGACACAAAAGAUGCAUGAAACAUUCAAGACUCCUCCAUUUCAAGCUGCUCAAAAUGAAAUAAGCCCUAUUAUGGCUCAUAAUACAGAAGAAUCAAAUGACUCCAAAAUUGUUCGCAACGAAAAUUUGUCCAAUUUGGCCACAACCUUUGUAAUUGGCGACACAAAGCAAGCUAUUGGAACUCAAGAUAUAGAUGAAACCAUUGACAAGGAUGGAGGGAGCCUUUCAAAAGCCCAAAACUCAGGUUCUACUGGUUCAGACAAAUCCCCUUUCCUAGGAACACUUCCAAAUGAGAGUUUGCCAAGCCAGACUUCUAACUAUACUGAAUAUACAGCAACAAUCGAUCCAUCAACUUCACGAGCUCCAGAAGCCAUGACUUCAUCAAUGUUAGCAUCAGAUGCUGACAGCAACUACAAGUGGAUGGUUGACAUUUCAGUACAGAACUUGCCAUAUCUGGAGGCUGGAUUGAAUUGUCAUCCUCAAGUCCUUGAUUGGCUCAAUACAAAGCGACAAAGAGUAUUUGCUUCCUUAUUCGCCGACGUCAGUCGCAUUUUGAGGACCACUCGAAGACGUGACUUGACAAAGGAUGAUCGAAACCACAUCAGAGACUGUUGUAUUGCCUUAAAAGCAGUUGGUUUUGAUGGUUCUUGGCUCAGUUACGUGCAUGGUUGCAUUGAGAGCUGUGUUGAUGGCGAUGAACUCAACAGAAAGCUUGAAGAGGCUGAAGCUAAAGCUUCCACUCUUAGAACUGAGUUAGUGUCUGUUGAGGCAUCCUUAGUCUCAUUGCGAGAUGAGGCCAGCAGGCUCGAUCAUUUUAUUGAGCCAUGAAGAUGAGGUUCACACUCAUCCUUGCUUGACUGGUUCAAUACAGCAAUAUGUUUGCUUCCUCUUUCUUAAUGUUGUUUCUUGACACUUCCAUUAAUUAUCAGCACACUAUAUUUUCUUCGGCAUGCUGGUUUUUAGUCUAUCUGCAUAUCAAUAGUAAUCUCUCAUUUGUAUCCCAUUUAGUUGUUCUGUAUGUUAGGUAUUGAAGGAAUUGGCAAUUUCAUAUCCUUCUCUGGAUACUAUUCUAAUAAAAUUAAAUGAACUAGGAUUUUGCACUGAA